CUUGAAUAUUACAAGCAAGGUGCCACCGAGGAGUUUGUUAAAAUUUUUGAGGCAUCUCGGACCGAUGCCAAUACUGAAUACAAAGAUCAUGAGACACACCAGAUGACAGCCUUGGACACCCUGGCUGCUUACUAUGUGCAACAAGCAAGAAAAGAAAAAAGUAAAGAUGUCAAGAAAGAGCUGUUCACCCAGGCUACCAGGCUUUACACUAUGGCAGAUAAAAUUAUUAUGUAUGAUCAGAACCAUUUGUUGGGCAGAGCUUGUUUCUGUCUUUUUGAAGGGGAUAAAAUGGAUCAAGCCGAUGCGCAGUUUAACUUUGUGCUCAACCAGUCUCCUAAUAACAUCCCCUCACUGCUAGGUAAAGCGUGCAUUUCUUUUAAUAAGAAAGACUUCAGAGGAGCGUUGGCAUAUUAUAAAAAAGCUCUAAGAACUACCCCUAACUGCCCAGCUGCUGUUCGUCUUGGUAUGGGACAUUGCUUUAUGAAAUUGAGCAAACUAGACAAAGCUAGACUUGCGUUUGAAAGAGCUUUGCAGUUAGAACCAUCUUGUGUUGGUGCAAUAGUAGGUCUGGCCAUUUUGGAACUGAAUAGCAAAGAACCUGACUCCAUCAAGAAAGGUGUGCAGUUAUUAUCUAAAGCCUAUACUAUAGAUUCUAGUAACCCAAUGGUUCUCAAUCAUCUUGCUAACCAUUUCUUCUUUAAGAAGGACUACAACAAAGUACAGCAUUUGGCAUUACAUGCAUUUCAUGGUACAGAGAAUGAAUUCAUACAAGCUGAGAGCUGUUAUCAGCUAGCCAGAUCGUUCCAUGUACAGGGUGAUUAUGACCAAGCAUUCCAGUAUUAUUAUCAGUCUACACAGUUUGCAUCUGCACCUUUUGUAUUACCGUUUUUUGGACUUGGACAGAUGUAUAUUUAUAGAGGAGACAUGGAAAACGCUGCACAGUGUUUUGAGAAAGUAUUGAAAUCACAGCCUGGUAACUAUGAAACUAUGAAGAUCCUUGGUUCCCUUUAUGCUACUUCACCAGACCAAGAAAAAAGAGAAAUCGCUAAAGGUCAUUUACAGAAAGUAGUUGAGCAGUUCCCAGAUGAUGUAGAAGCGUGGAUUGAACUGGCCCAGAUAUUAGAACAAAGUGAUGUCCAGGGUGCUCUCUCUGCAUAUGGUACUGCCACCAGAAUCCUGAAAGAGAAAGUCCAAGCUGAUGUGCCACCAGAGAUCCUCAAUAAUGUUGGUGCCUUGCACUUUAGAUUGGGUAAUUUAAAAGAAUCUAAGAGAUACUACGAGGCCUCACUGGAGCGAUCCAAACAUGAAGCCCAGCAUGAUGAAACAUAUUACAGUGCCAUCUCAGUGACAACAACUUACAACUUAGCCCGACUACGUGAAGCCACAUGUGCAUUUGACAAAGCUGAACAGUUGUACAAGAAUAUUCUUCGAGAACAUCCUAAUUAUGUAGAUUGUUACUUAAGACUUGGUUGUAUGGCACGUGACAGCGGACAGAUCUAUGAUGCAUCAGAUUGGUUUAAAGAAGCGUUGCAGAUCAAUCAGGAUCAUCCGGAUGCAUGGUCCUUGAUUGGUAACCUUCAUUUAGCCAAGCAAGAAUGGGGACCAGGGCAGAAAAAAUUUGAAAGAAUUCUCAAACAGCCAUCAACACAGAGCGAUGCCUACUCGUUACUUGCAUUGGGAAAUGUGUGGCUACAGACAUUGUACCAGCCAACUAGAGACAAAGACAAGGAAAAAAGACAUCAGGACCGAGCACUGGCAAUGUACAAACAAGUAUUACGGAAUGAUGGUAAAAAUAUCUAUGCUGCCAAUGGGAUUGGAGCUGUGCUGGCACAGAAAGGUUACAUCAGAGAAGCCAGAGACGUCUUCUCUCAGGUGAGAGAAGCCACUGCUGAUAUGCGUGAUGUAUGGUUAAACUUAGCUCAUAUUUAUGUGGAACAAAAACAGUACAUCAGUGCUAUACAGAUGUAUGAAAAUUGCUUAAGAAAGUUUUAUAAAUACCACAAUACAGAAGUGAUGUUGUAUCUUGCUAGAGCUUAUUUUAGAGCUGGAAAAAUGAUGGACUGUAAAAAAGUGUUACUCAAGGCUCGACGUGUGUCACCUAAUGAUACUGUAUUGUUGUAUAACAUUGCCUUGGUGAUGCAGAGACUGGCUAUGGGCAUUCUCAAAGAUGAGAAGAGUAACCUGAAGACUGUACUCGGUGCUGUACAUGAGCUGGAACUAGCACAUAGAUAUUUCACAUAUCUUAGCAAAGCUGGGGACAGGAUGAAAUUUGAUUUAAAUCAGGCUGCAGUUGAGGCCAGACAGUGCUCAGAUUUGUUGAGCCAAGCCCAGUAUCAUGUAGCCAGAGCCCGUAGGCAAGAUGAGGAAGAGAAAGCAAUCAGGGCACAACAAGCAGCUGAAAGGGAUGCCCUUCGAAAAAAACAGCUGGAAGAAAAGAUUGCCAAGGAGAAACAGAUAGAAGUAAAGGCACAGGAGUUGCUGGAGAAAAGACAACAGUUUGUUGAGAAAACUAAAAAUAUGAUCAUGUUGCCUGAGGAAGAAGAGAGAAAGCCAAGCAGAAAAGGACGGAAAAAGAAAGAUGGUGACAUUUUUAGUGAAGGUAGUGACAGUGAUGUGGAUGCCGAACGACCCAGGAAGAAAAAGAGGAGAAGGAAGGACAGUGGUAGUGAUGAGGAAGGUGCAAGUCCAAGCAGAGCUAAGGAGAGAAAAAAGAGAAGACAACGUAAAGAACGAAGUGGCAAGAACAAAGGCGGCAAGAGACGUAGACCAGACACUGAAAUUAUGGAAGAAGAGAAUAUGAUGUCUGCUAAUAUGAAAAAGAAAGUGAAGUCAAAAGCCAUUAUAUCAUCCAGCGAGGGGUCUGAUUCAGAUGAAGGGGGGUUGAAAAUAGCUGUACCAAGUGGUAGUGAAAGCGAGAAAGAAAAGAGCAGCCCUAAAAAAGUUGGUAGAAUUCGUCGCAUCAGUAGUUCCAGUUCAGAUGAAAAUAGUGACAGUGAAGGUGAAAAAGCAAGAGGUUCCGGUUCUGAAAGAGGUUCAGCUAGUGAUAGGUCAGGUGAUGAGAACAAGUCUGGCAAUGAAAAGUCUGGAUCAGGAUCUGAUAAUGAAUCAGGUGGUGGGCAGUCAGAUAAUGAAUCCGGUGGUCGAUCAGCCAAUGAACAGUCAGACAAUGAAUCAGGUGGAGGCCGAUCAGCCAAUGAACAGUCAGAUAAUGAAUCCGGUGGUGGCCGAUCAGCCAAUGAGCAAUCUGGCAAUGAAUCUGGUGGUUCUGGAUCUGCCAAUGAGCAGUCAGAUAAUGAAUCCGGUGGUGGACAAUCAGCCAAUGAGCAGUCAGAUAAUGAAUCUGGUGGUUCUGGAUCUGCCAAUGAGCAGUCAGAUAAUGAAUCUGGUGGGGGACAAUCAGCCAAUGAGCAGUCAGAUAAUGAAUCUGGUGGUUCUGGAUCUGCCAAUGAGCAGUCAGAUAAUGAAUCUGGUGGUUCAGGAUCGGCCAAUGAGGAAUCAGGUAAUCAGGAAUCAGCCAAUGAGUCUGGAGGUGGGUCAGAGAAUGAAGCCUCAGGCAGGGAGCAGUCUGGAAGCGAAGUAUCAGAUAGUGACUAAAAUGUCCCAUGAAAAUCAUGAAUUCAGAGGUGUACUUGUGAAUUGGUAUCGCACAUCUAUUCUCAUCAGAGUUUACAAAUGCCUCAUUAAACAUUAGAUGGCAUCUCAGCUUGCUAUAUAACUGUCAGACUUCAUACAGCUACAACUAUGGACACAAAGCGUUUAUAGUUUAUAUUGUUAAUGUGUAGCAAUAUUUUAGCAAGAUUGUGUAGCAGGAUUUUUAUAUAGCAGAACUAUACAAUGCUAUAAUGUCUGUUGUACUUGAUUUCAAACUGAAAAUGCAUAACGCUGUCCUGUAUUCUUAUUUGAUUUGUGGCAUGCACAAGAUAAUGUGCGAUGCUUGUGUUAUCAUCCAGUACAACAGUAACAACCAAUUGAACUAAAAUGAUGAUGAUAAGGCAUGUGUGCGGCAAAACAAUUUCACUACAUUUGGACAAACGCUGUUGUAGCAACCACUGCCCUUUAAAUUUCUGUGAUUGAGAAAUGUUGUACUAUGAAAACUGAAUCUACACCAUUGCAUUUAUAAAUAAAGACAAUUUGUUUCAUAGAACUUAGAAUGUGUGUAUUACUGGAGUAAGACUGAGAUGCUCCAAGGAUUUUUAGAGGUACUGUGUCAAAUAGAUGUUUAUUACCUACUAUGUAUAUUUAAAUGAGAUUUGCCCAUUCCACUAAUAUCUCAAUGACUGCUGAUCAAUUUUUUUGCAUGAAAACAGUCUGUAUAUUGUUUUUAGUCCAGUUUCUCGAUAAAAUAUGCCAUGUUGGAUCAUAGAUAAACCCUACUUUAUGUUCUCAUGAACUUUAAAAUAAGUUGUUUUCGCAGUAUAAUUAACAGUUCACUUCAGUUCCUGUAAUACAGCAUGAUUGGAUAAAAAUUACA